CAAACUUUAUAAAUAUUUUAUCCAAUCUUAGCGAGCUAUGCACCUCUAAUUAAAAAGGAACCUUUCCAUGAAAUCUGCUAAUUUCUGUUCAUAGUUCCCAGAGGAUGAAUCCUGAGAGUUUCAGUGACCUGCUGUUCUUUCUCAUUUGAAUUCUCAAAUACUUUUCCUCUAGUGCCCCCCUCAGGACCAGAGGUGCAGUGUCAGUCCUGCUUACAGUGAUGAUGAUAACGUAUCUCACUCACUGAGGUCAAGUUGCACUCACUGCAGAUCCAGAAGAGGGUUUAGCUUCCUGUCUUUGGGGUUAGAUCAGAGUAGGCAAAGAGAAAAUGUGAGUGAGUGGAAGUGUGUGGAUGUGAGUCAUCACCAGGUACAUUCGCCUGAAGGAGACCUCAGCUUACAACCCGCUCAUUUUCUCCACAGUGGUGCAAUUCAGUUAACCCACUGCUGCCCAAAGGCAAUAAAUGGUGGCAAACGGCUAUUAGCGACACGCUGGUGUGGUAUGAGUCAGUUGUUCGACAGGUGGAGGCAGUUAAUGAAACUCCGACUUUAACAUUUCUCUCAAUGAGGGAGAGUGUGGGUAUGCAUAUAGGUCAGAACAUCCUACAGUCUUUGUAUCUGCCUGUGCUAAGACAUUCACACCAGAUCAUUAGUUUUAACAUUCCUCAUGCUCUGCACUCUUUUGCUGUGCAGACUUAAUUAAACUCGGGCAAGUCUGUGACUCAAGUUUUUCCUCCUACUGAUCACCUGUCACCAGCGACCUUUGUGUUUAUUAUUUGCUGUUUUUUGCUCACAUGAAGACCUACUCUGUAUUUUAAAUGCCAUGGAAUAAAAUAAUAAGCUAUGGUUGUCUUUAUUUGUUAUCUUGGGUGUGUCAUUUCAGUUUCAAUUUCAGUGUAGCAUUGCAGUAUAAUGAGGAAAGAAAUCCCCACCAAACUUCAUAAUUAUACAAACAGAGACCUUUUUAAACCACGUAUGCCAACCUUUGCAGUUAAUAAACAUUAUUUAGACAUUCUUUAAAUGACUAGACAUUUAUAACUCAUCGUUUUGCAUAGCAACAUGUUGAAAGCAAAACUAAACUUGGAUGACAAGCUUUUGAUGUCCAAACCGCAUAAUCAGUUUUGGGGAUUUUCCAUCACAUGCAGUACAUUUAAUUCCACUGAUUAAAUUACUUAGGAUCGCUGCCAUGGAACUAGUGCUGCAGUAAAGUUUGAAUAACAAAGGCUGACAUCCAAACUUCUUCCUUGUACCAGACCAGAGAACAGGCUCGAUGUUAGUUUAAAUGAGGCUUUGUUUCUAUGUGUAUAAAGGUGUAGCAGGAAACUCCCUCUUAUCAGUGCUCCUCCUGACAAUAGCAGACUGUUCCCCCUGUCAGUGUGAAGGAAGACCUGCAGACAAACAGUGCUGAGCCAUGAGCCACGCAGUUGAGCAGCUGUUGAUCAUCUAUGAGUGUGAGGCACAGCAAUGGGCCACAUAUCUGCGUUCCCUCUUCACCGGUUCCCUCUCAGAGGCUUCCAUCUGCUCCUACGACAUCGCCACUGUGUCCAGCCGGCAGGACGACUUCCUCCGCCUGUCCCAGUACUCCUGCAAGCUCCUCAUCCUCUCCAAGGGCAUGCUGGAGGGGCUGUGUCCGAAGCGCCGUUUCUUCCUGGCCCGUGUGUUGUGUCCUGCGACUGCUGUGGUGGUGCUCCUGUGUGGGGUGGAGAGCCUGGCCCCCCUGCUGGAGCAGGUCCCUCUGAACGGAGACGAUUGCCUGCAGGUCUCCAGUGAACAAGAUGUUCACGAGUACCUGUCCGCUGUCACUGAUAUUGUGAAAAAAGGUGCAUUAGCUUCAGCUGCAAAUGUCAAACCCCUGAUACGUGGGCUAUCAGAGCGAAAGGCUGCAGCCCGCAGUGUCAGGUCCAUGGCUGUUGUUCCCUCCAGAGUUCCCUGUGGGAGCUCCAUGGAAGUGUUCAUUCUUUUGAAAAAUGAGUCGGCUGGCAGCGACGCUGAGGUUGAGUUCACCGCUGACAAUCAGAGGCUGAGAGUGAAGCCCGUCUGCUGGAAUGAACGGAUCCUCUGUGUCAAUGCACCAGAUUUUCCAGCAGGACAUGUGAGAGUGACUGUGUAUAGCAAUGGGGUGCCACUGAGCAAGGCACAGCUGCAUACUACAGCAACAUGGAGGAAAUAACCCUGCCUUCUGGCAAGGGCAGCAGACCCUGUAGAUUUCAUGUGUCAGGCUCUUCAGCAGUCUUCUGUGCAGAAUCUGGACCAGAAGUUAACCUCCAUGUUGUUAAAGCACAUGCCCAACGGAGGGUUUCAGGGACUGCAGUGUGAAAACACACCCCAGAGAGAGCUCCACCAUUCAGAUGUCCCAUCACUUCUCCACUUUGCUGCCCAGUAUGGCUUCAGGAGCGUGUCCAGCGUGCUCCUGCAGUGUCCCGGUGCAGAGCGAGCGCUGCACACCGCCAACCGCCACGGACACACUCCCACUGAGAUAGCCAAGAGACACGGCCAUACCCAGCUUCACGUCCUUUUGAAGGAAAGGCUGAAUAUGUUCAGCUCAGGCGAGGACAAUGGUGAUGCCAGUGUGUACGAAAUGAUGUGCGCUGCAGGGACUACUUCCAGCAAACAUGCAGAGCCACCAGCAGAGGAGGGGGAGGAGGAAGAUAUCUAUCAACCACUGGAGGUGGAGGAUGAAUAUGACUCCAUCCUGAACUCAACAAAAGCUGUGGUUAUUGCCAAUCGCCCACCAGCACCCACACCUCGGCCUGAGGGCACCCAGGUGAAGGAGGACGGCACUCCUUACAUCACCAAAGUGUUCCAGAAGAAGAAGCAACAGGGAGAAACUGAUCUGUACUCACUUCCCACUAAACAAGCACGUGGGCGAGAGGACAGCAUCUCUGCCACCGAUGAUACGUUCGUGCCGAAGCAGAUGAGCGGUCUGCAGACCCUCAUCGAGCUGCAGCAGAGUGUGAGGGGGGCACUCACCGUGGACGCAGCUCUGGAGCGCUUAAGCGACUGGCAGCGGGAUCAGAAGGGCGGGGAGGAGGUGCAGCAGGAGAAGUUGAAUCAGCUGAGAGCCAGUAUCGUCAGCAGUAGAGAGGCUGAUGACAGUGUCUACGAUAAAAUCAACAUCGUUCAUCACACGCCAAGUGUUACAGAGAGUGAAAGUCGAAGGGGAAGCCAAGAAGUGAAGUCUAAUGUUUACAGCAAGCCACUUAAAGGACAGCAUUCAAAUUCCUUUUCAAAAGCUGACAAACGAUGAAGGCUCCAACAUUCCACAAAGACUCCAUUUUGCCACCAGAUUGAAUUCAUUUGAAUACAUAGUUUGUCAUGUUAAUUGUAUAAUUAACAAAGAUUUAUAUUUCUAUCUUUUUAUAAUUUGUUUUCUCCUGCUUGUUUGGCCGCUAUUGCUUCUUUUAAAACACAAUGGAAGGUAAUUGUGGUUUAGGUAAAAGUUAUUACAUAUAUGCUGAAAUAUACAAUUUGUGUUAGAAACUGGGAUGGACAUUUAUGACUCCCAGAAAAUGAUGAAUGGAUAAUGAAAUAAAUAUUUAGCAUUAGUGUCAUGUUAGCUUUUUUUUAAAUAAAUGCAUGUCAUUCAAGUUUUUUAUGUCAACAUCUACUAUGAAUCACAAUCUGAAUUUAAGAUUAUAUUGUAUAAAUGUCAUCUUGGAAAUAAUUAAGCUUCCAUUUGUUACACUUUAUGAUGAUGAAUCUUUCCUACAAAAAAUAUUUGAAUUUGCAUUAAAAAAAUGAUUGGCAAGUAAAA